UGAUGUGAAUCUUCAGGCUGUGCUUCAUGUUUCCCAGAUUGUUGCUCGGCAGAUGAUUGCACAGGGGGUGCCAGGUGCUAUUGUCAAUGUCUCUAGCCAGGCAUCUCAGCGUGCUCUGCGGGAUCAUGCUGUUUACUGUUCCACAAAAAGUGCUUUGGAUAUGCUGAGCAAGAUUAGAGUGAACACUGUGAACCCCACAGUGGUUAUGACUGACAUGGGGAGAAUUAACUGGAGUGACCCUCAGAAAUCUGCUGCCAUGAUUAAUCGGAUCCCGCUGGGAAAGUUUGCAGAGGUGGAUGAUGUGGUGAACAGAUUGAGUGAUAAGAGUGCUAUGACAACUGGCAGCUCACUGAUGGUUGAUGGGGGAUUUCUUGUCUCCUAAGAUGACACCUGCAUUUCACACCUGGCCUUAAUUUUCAUACUAGUACUGCAUAGAUGUAAACUGUGUAGAAAACAAUGACACAGACCUUGCUGGAGAAGAGGGGCAGCAGGGCUGGAACCCAUAUAAGAAAUGAGGCAGAAAAUUACCUUUAGAAGGCUGCUAUAUAAUAAAGCUCACAUACGGUG